ACUUUUGACCUCUGGACAAAAACAAGCCGAUCAGCUGAUGUAAAAAGCAACAACAUCUCCAGAGGUCCAACACAAAAUAGCUCAGCUAGCUAACUUUCGCAACAACGUUAGCCGUAUGUGGCAGUCGGCGGCAUGAUGUUAGCCGGUGUACGUGUCCCCUUUUAGACUGUGAUGAGGCAGCAUUUUAGUUAUUGAGUCAGUCGUCGUCCGUCGGGCUGGUAGCCGCUGCUAGGUCAGUCGUUUGAAGCGAAGGUUGUUGUCCCUUAAUGAUAGCUAUAGUAUGUAUUACUGAGUUUCAGCCCGCAUCUUUUAGACAUUAUGACGAGCCUACCAGGCUACCUUUAAAAAGCAACUUGGCAUCGUCAGGUGAGCUGCAACACCACUAAAACAAGACAAGAGAUGCAGGCAGCUAAUGUUAGCUAGCAAACUGCUGUCCCAAAACAUAAAGUAAUGACUCGUCUUGACAAGUGUGUUUGAAACAGACUGCACACCCUCAUUAAUAAUAAGCAGUAACAGGGUACUUGGUUGAACAUUUCAUUGUGCAUUUUGACUUUAUUUGCACAUGAUUGGUGUGGCUUUUUUGAGAAUUUGAACAAAACAGGUUUCAUCACAUUUGGUCAGAGAUUUGCUUAACCAAGCAAUAACUUUGGGUCUUCCUCUGCAUCAGCUGUCCUAGUUACUCUCACUUACUGAGGGUGUCCUCCUGACCUGUCAGGUUUGAGAUGAGUAGUCAAGGUCCAGCUGUAGAUAAAGGAAUGAACACAGUCCUUGGCUGUCAGGAGAGCUACGCCUGUGGUGGUUCAGAUGAGGCUGCAUUUGAAUGCGAUGAAUGUGGCAGCUUGCAGUGUGCCCGCUGUGAACUGGAGCUCCAUCGCCAGGAUAGGAUGAGGAAUCACGACCGAGUUCGGAUUGCACCGGGCCACGUUCCUUUCUGUGACUCGUGCAAAGGUGACAGCAGCUGCUCUAUCAAUGGUGGACGACUCAGAGCAGUGGUGCGCUGCCAGGGGUGUAAGAUCAACCUGUGUUUGGACUGCCAGAAACGCACCCACAGUGGAGUCAACAAGAAGAAGCACCCGCUGACACCGUACCCCCCUGCCAAAGCUGCCCAGGAUAACAGCGUGACUGCAGGGGAGUCAGAGAUGGAGAUGCUGAAAGCUGAGCUGGACAAGGUGUGCAGCUUCCUUCUGGUGGAUGAGAGGGAGGAGAUGAAGGUGAAGAAUGAGGAGGACUUUGUGUGCAGACUGGGCUGCAGGCCAGAUGAGCUCCUCAAGGUGGUGUCCAUCUUUGGAAACACCGGGGAGGGAAAGUCCCACACCCUGAACCAUACAUUUUUCCUUGGACGAGAAGUGUUCAAGACCUCACCCACCCAAGAGUCCUGCACCGUGGGUGUGUGGGCAGCCAUGGACCCUGUGCAUCGGGUGGUAGUCAUCGACACAGAAGGACUUCUUGGGGCUGGAGCCAAUCAGGGUCAGCGAACCCGGCUGCUCCUCAAAGUCCUGGCUAUCUCUGAUGUGGUAAUCUACCGAACCCAUGCUGACCGUCUCCACGACGAUCUCUUCAAGUUCCUUGGCGACGCAUCAGAUGCCUACCUGAAACAUUUCACCAGGGAGCUGAAAGCGACUACCACCCGCUGUGGUCUGGACGUCCCGUUGUCCACUCUGGGUCCUGCGGUAAUCAUCUUCCAUGAGACCGUCCACACCAAGCUGCUAGGAUCCGACAAACCUUCUGAAUCGGCCGAGCGUCUUCUCCAGGAGCGUUUCAGGAAGCUGGGUCUGUUUCCAGAAGCAUUCAGCUCCAUCCAGUACCGUGGAACUCGGACCUACAACCCUCCCACGGACUUCAGCGGUCUUUUGCGCAGCCUGGAGCAACAGCUGGACAACAACACCACCCGCUCGCCCCGUUCUGCCAGCGUCAUCUACAAGGCUCUGCAGGCCCUGAGCGAGAGCUUCAGUGGCGAGAUUCCAGAUGAGCACAUGACCAGUAACUCAUUCUUUCCAGAUGAGUACUUUACCUGCUCUAGCCUCUGCCUCAGCUGUGGUUCAGGCUGUAAGAGAAGCAUGAAUCACCUGAAGGAAGGACUCGACCACGAAGCCAAACAUCGCUGCCGCUACUCCGCUCAGUAUGACAACCGCAUCUACACUUGCAAGGAGUGCUAUGAGGGAGGGAAGGAGGUAAUAGUGGUUCCUAAAACGACAGCCUCAUCUGACUCACCGUGGUUUGGUCUGGCCAUCUACGCUUGGUCUGGGUAUGUAAUCGAGUGCCCCAACUGUGCAGUGAUCUACAGAAGCAGGCAGUACUGGUAUGGAAACCAGGACCCAGUGGAAACAGUGGUCCGAACAGAGAUCCAGCACAUCUGGCCGGGGUCUGACGGUUUUUUGAAAGACAACAACAACGCUGCCCAGAGGCUGCUAGAUGGAGUCAAAUACAUUUCUCAGUCGGUGUCCGAACUGAGCGUCAAACCCGCCAAAGCAGUUACCUCCUGGCUUACCGAUCAGAUUGCUCCCACCUACUGGAAACCUAACUCCCUUAUCCUGAAAUGCUUUAAAUGUGGGGAAGAGUUCCAGCCCAACGACACCAAGCACCACUGUCGAGCCUGUGGAGAGGGCUUCUGCGAUUCCUGCUCCUCCAAAACCCGGCCGGUCCCGGAGAGGGGCUGGGGCCUCGCACCUGUCCGAGUAUGCGACGCUUGCUUCCACAACAGGGAAAUCUCAACCGAGCUGCUGGAUGCUGCCUUGGAAGAGGAGGGAAGCACCCUGAUAGCCCGGAAGGUGGGGGAAGCGGUUCAGAACACUUUAGGAGCUGUAGUUGGUGCCAUCGACAUACCUCUCGGCCUGGUGAAGGACGCAGCUCGCCCGGCCUACUGGGUCCCAGACCAGGACAUCCACUCCUGCAACGAGUGCCAGAGGGAGUUCUCCCCACGCCUCUCCAUCCACCACUGCCGCGCCUGUGGCCAGGGCGUGUGUGAUGAGUGCUCCCAGGAGCGCCGCGCCGUGCCCUCCCGCGGCUGGGACCACCCGGUGAGGGUCUGCAACGGCUGCAACCAGAAACCUGGGGAGCUCUAGCAGGACGAGGAUGGGUCAAGGACGCCGGCCUCUGCGAAAACUGAAAUGGACAACAUUUUAAUUAAAAGGAGUCAGUUCCCUGUCGUCUUUUUAGUGGCAUUUGUCAGCUGCCACCAGAGUAUCUGUGGCAGAUUUAAAAAAAAGAUUGGACUCCGCUGUCAUCACAUCACUUCAGUCCCUUGAUGCUAUUUCACUUUAAUAUGCCUAUUUUUUACACUGAAAAAUACCAGUCAGAGUGAGACUUGAAUAUCAAGAAGGUAGGAGAGAUAAAACAAUUUGACAGCAUUUUAUGAAAGGGAGUAUUGUAUGUGCUUGCUUACAAUUCAGUUCAGGUAAAUUUCCAUGUACCCCUUUAAAAUCUGUAUUGAUGCACAUGAAACCCUGACCCCUGUGACAAUCCCUUCCCAGUGUGACACACUAGUACUAUUAGCACCUUUUAGUAGUCUGGGGAUCAAUGUGUAAACCAUUUAUUAAUAGAAGUACUGACUGAACAUCUUAAACUGAUUCCAGGGAAGCACUUUUAUUCUAAGAUUGUUUCUAGUAGGAGUCGUGGAGAUAACAUCCAGGGCUGGCUUGAUGGAAAUGAUGGAAAACCGUAAAAAUAAUCCACCUCGGUUAAUUGCUGUGCUUGUUUGAAUGAAUGUACAGUAGUUCUCAUAUGCUUCAGCUCUGUAAGAUUUACCCGUCCAGUAAUGGCUUCAGGAGGAUUUGAACAAUCACAAGCCAAUGAUGUACUGUAGCACAGAGAUGCAUUCCACCGUAUAUCAUUACUUGGUAAUAACUACUUACAUAAUCCCUUAAUCCUUUGUGGUUGUUUGUGCAUUGGAACGGGCAGACAAUAAUAGAACAGCCUUAAGAAAGCUGUCCACAAAUUCUACAUAGAAUAUACAAACAUGGGGAAACGUUUACUUUAAUAGGGACAUUUUUAAAUGGCCUUGUUUUGUUUUUAAAUGUCAAAAACUACCGUCCCUUAACAGGACAAAUCUGAUUGCAGAGGGGUGGCAUUCAACAGAAACUGCUUUUAUAGAGUGGCUGGCUCACAGUGGCAAUAUGGGAGAGGAAAGACUUCAAAACAUCUUUGAGGCUGGCCCCUCAAAACAGGAGAUAAUUAGAAGAGUAAUCCUUUUUUCCUUACUCUGUCGACUCAGGCUGUGUAGCUAGUUAACUAGGAUGUGGAAUAGAGUAACGUUUGAAGUCGCCUUUAUUGUAACAAGACUGUACACAAGAUGCAGUUAGGCUUUCUGAGAUCUGACUGUAGUGAUGGUUAACCUGGGAUUUUUUUCCCAGUAACUAUCUGGGAGUGUUGGUUUGGUUAUGUUGUCUACAAAUAAGCUGAAAUAACACUUUGACCUGACUCGGUGAACUAUGUCACCGCUGUCCUCAUCUCAGAGAUGUUCAAUGACUAUGAAUAUCACAAGGAACAAAUAAACACCUUUAUCCUCAUGUAUGCUCAUACAGUAUGUAUUAAACUGCAGAAACUCAA